AUGGAAAACAUAACCGACCCCCCUCUCCCCGCCCCAACCCACCACACCCUUUCCGCGCCUGAUCUCCAACCCAUCGAGACCAUCCCCAAAAACUCCAAGGAACCCAUAACCCUAUUCCCCAUAACACGCGGCCCCUCAUCCCUUCCGCCCAGUCUAGUAGCCCAUCUCCAUGAAGAAUUCUCCGCUGAGAUCCUGAAGGGGUGCACGUAUCCCAUGGAAGAGCCCAUGAGUCUGGACCGGUUCAGGGAGUACUGGUUUGGGACCUUUGCAGUUGUUGUUCUCAAGGGAUCGAGGCAAGAAGCGGAAUCACUGCUCAAGAGCAAUGGGGAGGAAGAGGUGGAUUGGAAGGAGGUGUGUCUGGGCACGUUUUAUACUAAGCCUAACUAUCCCGGCUUCAUAACCUGCGCUGCCGCACGCGGGAAAGGAAUCGGUUCUGUAAUGGGCGAGACGUAUCUCGUCUACGCACCCAAACUGGGCUACAAAUAUUCCGUCUUCAACCUCGUAUUCGCCAACAAUCCGGCAUCCAGCAGAAUAUGGGAUCGGCUCGGAUUUCAGGUUCUGGGCCGUGUGCCGGGAGCGGGCAGAUUGGCGAAUAGUGAGGAGUUGGUGGAUGCUUUGAUUUAUGGGAGGAAUUUGGUCUGA